AUGGCACUUCUGGCAGUGGAACUAAGCGAGAACGGUAGAGGGCGAUUAGGCACAUUACUAUGGAUAAUCAACUGGGCGUCCACCAUUUGUGGAGUCGUUAUUACAUCAAUGGGGAUCUAUUUCAAGAUACGGGUCGAAGAAAAGAUGAACUUGAUCGAUGGCUACAAUGCCAACGUUUUACCAUGGAUGUUGAUCGUGGUGGGGAUUUUCUCAACUGUCGUGUUCUUGGGCGGGGGGAAGAUCUGUCAUGAUUGUGGUAACACUCACACCCGCGCUAAAUUGAAAGGACUUCUUUUACCCUACAUCAUAGUACUGAUGGUACUUGUGAUUCUCCUGCUAGCUGGUGGCAGCAUGUGUUUCGAUCACCGGAGACAGCUGCACGAUUCGUUACACGAUGGGUUGAAGAAGGCUAUGGGAGAGUAUCGUAACGAUGCCCAUCUCAAGAAAGAGAUCGAUCUACUCCAAAUGGAAUAUCAGUGCUGUGGAAACGAAGACCACAAAGACUGGUUUGUGAUACCGUGGAUUAAUGGCAUGUAUCUAAAUAUGAGAGAUGAAAAAGUCAAAGAAAAGAUGGCGACGGGGGGCUAUUUGAAUGACGAUGCGCCGUUCAGCUGUUGCGAUCCAGCAUCGAAGCGACCAUGCAUUCACCACCAUGUCUUCGAUAGUGAUAUGCACUAUAACUACGACCCUAAUACUGGUCUCACUAUCUACACAGACGGUUGCAGGCGGGUAAUGACCGAAUACUUCAGCCAUAGACUUGAAGUCAUGGGUGCUAUCAUCAUGUCAAUAUUCGGUGCUCAGCCCCGGGACAAUAAACGAGAUCUUUGCAAGGAACACCGCGUCUGUGGUAUUAGCGUUAUUGCAGUAUUGGCAUUAGCCAAUAUGCAGCCACAAAACAGCACUCGCAGUGGUUGUGAUUCCUUAUGCCAUUUGUUGAGACCUGUUUACACAGUAUUGGUUCUCAUCGGCGUACGUUAUCUGCAGACUUCCAUUCACAAUGCCGACGUCUCAGGCGAUCCAACGUCGAAUGCCCCCGGCUGGCUUUUCGAGAACAUGCCGGUGAACGUGGUACGAGCACCGAAAAGUGUUCGAGACAAAGGAAUCAUAGACGAAGAAUCGAAGGAAUGA